UGGGAAAAGUUUGAGAAAGAGAGGGCGGCAAAUUCAUUGAAAGAGAAUAUAGAUAGAUAGAUAGAUCGAUAGUAUGUGUGUGAGUGAGAGAAGGCGAAAGGACAGAAUAACUGAAAACAUUUCAACCUGAAGGCUGAAAGGGGAGGGACUGCCUUGACUUGUCCUUUUUCAAACAAGUUUGUGGAGAAUCUUGGAGAAGCUCUUUUUCUGCUUGGGAAGAAGGGGCAGGGUCUAUGCUAAGUGAGAGUGCAGCUCAGAGGCAGGGGUGUAAAAACAGAGGAGAAAGGGGGAAAAGGCAAUUUUGCUUUGAAGGAAGUCAUACCAGUGGAUGCUGUCAGUGUCCGAUUUCACAAAAUGACAAACCACUUCAAGAGCACUUCUACAGGGCUCAUCCAGCUGAGAAAGGAUGCCAGCUGCUAGCACAAUGACAGGUGGGACGGCCCUGCGAUUCUGUACCAACACUGACAACUGUGUCUACCAAUCAGUCAACGGGCUCCAGUGCUGUGGCUUGAAGGUUGGGGAGGCUCCGUCUGCGGUCCCCCAGCGGCCAGACGUGGUGUGUGGGGACAGGGACACCUCCAAGCAGCCCUUCUCCCCACUGGUCUCCCCUGUAGACGGGACAGACACCACUGACACCAUCCUGGCUCACAGGAGAGCCACCUCGGACCCCCAGACCACCAUGGAGCACGGACUGGUCGGCUGCAGCAAACUCAACAAGACCCCGGCGGGUCUGAAGACCAGCGCCAGCAUCCGGGACAAGAUCUCCCAAUGGGAGGGAAAAAAGGAGACCCUCCCUACCACCCCAGUGGUUGUAAGUGGUCCAUGUCUGCUGACCACAGUGCACAAGGAACCAGAGUCUGUGAGAAAGGAGAUCUCUGAGGUCCACAGGCCGGACAGUAAGAGGUUGGUCAGUUGGGAGAGGCAGGACUCUGGGAAGGAGCAUGCAGGAAAGCUGGGGGAUUUAUGGCCAAAGUCACCUGGGGGCCCCACUACCAAGGGGGACCGAGAGGUGAUACUGGAUAGAGGACCCCUCAGAGGCAGUAGUAAACUCACAGAGACAGCCAAGGAAAAUAAGUCAGUUUUGACUCACAUUAAGAAACUGGAGCAGGCCAUGAAAGAGGGUCCCACCAAUCCCUCCUUGGUGUUGCCUGGGAACUAUUUCUGCCCUCCUUCCGAGGAGCCGGAGGAGGCAGAGAGGAGGGCAAACGAGCCCAUAUUUGGGACACUGGACGUUAUGGGGUCAAUGCCUGUGGGGUCAUCGUGGCGGUCAGGUGACCCUGAGAAUGUGUACACUGAGCCUGGCGCUGCCAGUCCAUCCAUCAACCCCUUACCUAAACCUCAGCGAACAUUCCAGCACCACACCCCUCCCAGCACCCCAGCCUCAGGACUGAGCCUGGGCAAGGGGAGACGUGACCUGCCCCCUCUGCCCUCCAUCCCCCCGCCUCCCCUACCCACCUGCCCCCCGCCAGCAGUCUGCAGGAGACCCUGGGCAGACCGAACCCGAGACAGCAGUAACAGGAAGUCCUAUGAGUUUGAGGAUCUGCUGCAGUCGUCAGAGAGCAGCAGGGUGGACUGGUACGCUCAGUCCCGACUGGGCCUCCCACGUACUUUAUCAGAGGAAAACGUCUACGAGGAUAUCCUAGACCCUCCGUCAAAGGAGAAUCCUUACGAAGAUAUAGAGUUGAAGAGAAGUUGCCCUGGAAACAAGCGCUCUUUACCCAUCUCCUCUCCCUCAUCCCUUGUCCCCGACACACCGGCCAAGCUGUCCUCAAAGCCAGGUUUCUUCAGGCAGAACUCAGAACGCCGCAGCUUCAAGCUCCUGGACCUGCGUAAGACCAACCGGGACACCGGCAUCUCCUCGCCCUCCCGCAUCAGCCCCCCCUCCACCCCCAGCAGCCCUGACGACACUCCCAGUCUCUCAGGAGACCCCUACAACCGCAGGCGCAGAAAGAUCCCCAAGAUGGUGCUGAAGAUCAACGGCAUCUUCGAGUUGAGGAGAGGGAAGAAACGCAUGAAGAGGGUGUCUCAGUCUACUGAGUCCAGCUCAGGGAGAGUGACCGAUGACAACAGUGAGUCCGAGAGUGACACAGAGGAAAAAUUGAAAGCUCAUAGCCAGCGUCUGUCAUCGGUGCAGUCCAUGUUGAGGCAGACGGGGCGGUGCCGGACCCUGGAAAGGGGCCCGAUGGACCUACAGGAGAGGAAGCUGUUUGAGUACUUCAUAGUGGUGGCACUUCAGAAUACCAAGGCUGGAGCUCCUUAUCUACCAGAGGUCACUCAGCAGUUCCCCAUCAAGCUGGAGAGGAGCUUCAAGUUCAUGCGGGAAACAGAAGACCAACUGAAGGUCAUUCCUCAGUUCUGUUUUCCUGACGCUAAGGACUGGACCCCCGUUGACAACUUCCCCAGUGAAACUUUCUCCUUCGUCCUGACUGGUGAGGACGGGAGUAGACGGUUUGGAUACUGUCGUCGUUUACUGCCCAGUGGUAAAAGCCGGAGGCUGCCAGAAGUCUACUGCAUCGUCAGCCGGCUGGGCUGUUUCGACCUCUUCUCUAAGAUUCUGGAUGAGGUAGAAAAGAGGAGGGCCAUUUCUCCAGCCCUGGUGCAGCCCUUCAUGAGGGGCAUCAUGGAGGCUCCAUUCCCCGCCCCAGGGAGAACCAUCACUGUGAAGAACUUCCUGCCUGGCUCAGGCACUGAGGUGAUAGAGCUGUGUCGUCCGUCUGACUCUCGUCUGGAGCAUGUGGACUUUGAGUGUCUGUUCUCCUCUCUGUCGCUGCGUCUGCUCCUCAGAGUCUUCGCCUCUCUGCUGCUGGAGCGCAGGGUCCUCUUCACCGCUGACAAACUCAGUACUCUGUCUCAGUGCUGCCAUGCGAUGGUGGCUCUACUCUACCCGUUUACCUGGCAGCACACCUACAUCCCUGUGCUGCCCCCUUCCAUGCUGGACAUAGUAUGUACCCCCACCCCCUUCAUCGUGGGUCUGCUAUCCAGCUCUCUGCCCAGCCUCAAAGAGCUGCCCAUCGAGGAGGUCCUGGUGGUUGAUCUCGGCAACAGCCGCUUCCUCAGACAGCUGGAUGACGAGGACUCCAUUCUGCCUCACAAGUUGCAGGCUGCUCUGGAACACAUUCUGGACAAGAGGAAGGAACUGGCCAGUGAGAUGCCCACCGACUCGAGCUCCCUCAGCACGGUGGUGUCGGAGACCUUUGUACGUUUCUUCGUGGAGAUGGUGGGCCACUACCCUCUCUUCAUGGGCGGGGGGGAUCGAGAGGACGAGUCUGGAGCCCCCUCCUCGCCCACCCCGUCCUGCUUUCAGCGCGAGGCCUUCCGCAAGGCUGUCACUUCCAAGAGUCUGAAGAGGUUUCUGGAGGUCUUCAUGGAGACCCAGAUGUUCGCUGGGUUUGUGGCAGAGAGGGAGCAACGCAGGCAGGGUCUAAGAGGUUUGUUUGAGGUGAGGUCACAAGAUUACCUGGACUCUCUCCCAGGGAGCGAACAGCGUGGGGUCAACAAGUUCCUCAAGGGUCUAGGAAAUAAGAUGAAAUUCCUGUCCAAGAAAUGAUGCCUCGGGACGGGACUCCAUGAGAGGGAGCAUGUUCAAAAGAGGUUGAGAACAAAACACUUUGUCUAAGGACCCAAACUCCCUGUGGAUAGCAUGAAGAAGGGGAUUGUGUGUCCACAAGCUUAUGGAGACUGGGCAAGGACCGAACACUCCUUGCAAUAUUUGGACUGAACAUGAAUGACUUUGGGGGGUGUUGGGGUUUAGCAAUCGGACCAAAAACAUUCAUAUUGUCGCAGCCCCAAAGACACAGACCCAUCAAGGAACGUUGUUCUCCUUUGAGGUCUUAUCAUCCGCGAGUGUCUCUCUGUCGCCCCUGAGAGCUUACUUCUGUAAAGCUGUUGGCCUUUAUAGUGUACAUUGAUGUACUGUAUAGCACAGUCCAUUUCCAUUCCUAGAGUUGGGAUAGAAUGACUCCACCCACAAACCUGAAAGACUCCACUGAGGAUGUUGCUGGGUGGGCCAAAAGACCAUUCCAUUUUGUACCGUACCGUUUAAACAUUACACAUAUUUCUAUUGAGUACAACUUCUAUGUUAACAGGAGGCUUAAGUUAAUUUAUAUGGUGUACUUUUUAAGAGCAACUGUUGCUUCCAUUUUCCCUCCUUCAAAUGAAAGCAAAAUAACAUCCUGUAGUUUUGUGAUGGGCUUUAUGUAGUCUGUAUGGAGGAGGGGUCGUAGACCACUGAGUUACUAUUGAGGAACUAUACCACUGAGACAGAGUGAACUAUGGAUUGGAAUGGGUGUAAGGGACAUUAUCAGAAAAUCAUACCUUGGAGAAGGCAAAGGAGACCUAAAAUGAAUUGAUAUGUAAUUGUCAAACACCACUAGUUUUGCCUUAAACCUGAUUUGAAAAUGUUAUGAAAUAAUUAAAGUUAUUUUUAAUUAAUAAAUACAAGGAUGUGGGCCUCAUUCAUGCCUGAUUGCUAUUAUAACGUCAUAAACUGAUUA